AUGAAGAGGUGGCAAGUGGUUCAAGACCUCAGCUCCAACCCCUUUGAUGAAGAGGCUUUAACAGAACAUUAUAAAAUCUUACAAACACUUGGCCAAGGAGGAUUCAGGGAAGUAAAAUUGGCUAGCCAUCUCCUCACCCAGACAAGGAUAGCAGUAAAAGUUCUUCCAAAAGGCAGGAGGCACACCUUCAUCAAAUCAGAAAUUGAAAUAAUGAAACCCCUAGACCAUCCCAACGUUAUCAAACUUUUGCACAUAAUCGACACCACAAACCACACUUACAUGAUUAUGGAACAUGCCGAGGGAGGAGAACUGAUGGGCAGGAUUACAGAGUUUGGCCACCUCCCAGAGGAGGAGUCCCGUAGGCUAUUUAAACAGAUAGUACGUGCCCUCCAGUAUUGCCAGAAGGGAAUUGCCCACAGGGACCUAAAGCCUGCAAACAUAUUAAUGGAUGGCAAAGGGAAUAUCAAACUGAGCGAUUUUGGAUUGGCCACCAAGCUCACCAUGGGACAGAAGCAGGCAGAUUUUUGUGGGACCCCCCCUUAUUGUGCCCCAGAACUCUUUGAAAGAGAAGACUACAAUGGCCUUGCAAUUGAUGUCUGGAGCUUGGGGGUUGUGCUCUACUUUAUGUCGACCGGGUGCCUCCCUUUCCAGGGAUGUACAUAUGAAGGGCUAAAGCAGAGGGUCUUGGCAGGAAAGUACUCCGUCAGAUUCAAGCUGUUGAAGGAGCUCUGGGAUGUGUUUGCUAAGUUGUUAACUGUAAACCCUAGACUACGGCCAACAACUGGAGACAUUCUGCACUUUCCAUGGCUAAAACAUGACAGCGAAGGUUCUCUGGAUUUCUUUAGAGGGAACACUGACAGCCACCCAGACCCCACUGUAAUGGUCAUCAUGAGAGUCAUGGGAUACAAGAAAUGAGAGACACGGGAAGCUUUACAGAAGAAGAAGUUUGACCAGGUGAUGGCUACAUAUCUUAUUCUUAGGCAACAGUCACCCUGGGGGGACAAUUUUAAAAUAAAACUUAAGCCCAGGCAGUCGGAUCGAACCUUGAACCUCACUGGGGCAGCCAUGACAGCAAAAGUGACCUUAAAGAGGGCAUCUAAUGUCCCUUCCCUUCCCACCUUCCUUUAUCCCAAUGUACCUCAGAGUCCUGAGCAUGACAAAGGGGGUAAAAGGAGGUACAGUUUGCCACCCACCCUGACCUGCUUGAACACCGAGACAACCCCCCUUCUGAAAAUCUGUCCCCAGCAUAGCCGUGAGGCUCAUUUCAUGAGCAGCACCCGUUGGAACAUGAACAGCACUGACACCUCAGAGGAAAUAUGUCCAAAG